AUGACUAAUUGGACAAACGGGUCCAGCUGCCCGUUCAGCAUCACUUUAUGUGCUGAGGACGUUAUGGACAGUAAUGCCACUGCUGAGGACUUUGAGUACCCGGUCCAUCUCUUCCCAGUCCCUAUACUGACUGGCAUCACAGUGACGUGCUCUUUCCUGUUCCUCGUCGGAAUUGCUGGGAACCUGUUGACCAUUUUGGUGGUCACUAAAUACAAAGACAUGCGAACCACCACUAAUCUUUACCUCUGCAGCAUGGCACUUUCAGACCUGCUCAUUUUCCUCUGCAUGCCCCUCGACCUGUACCGGGUCUGGCGGUAUCGACCGUGGAACUUUGGCGACGAGCUGUGCAAACUCUUUCAGUUUGUGAGUGAAAGCUGCACGUACUCCACCAUCCUCAACAUCACCGCCCUGAGCGUGGAAAGAUACUUCGCUAUCUGUUUUCCCUUCAGAGCAAAAGUCAUCGUCACGCGGGGUCGGGUAAAAGGAGUGAUUUUACUCCUCUGGACUGUGGCUCUGUGCAGCGCGGGACCCAUAUUCAUUCUGGUUGGGGUCGAGCACGAGAACGGCACCAACCCCUGGGAAACCAAUGAGUGUAAAGCGACCGAAUAUGCCAUCCGGUCCGGACUGCUUACUAUGAUGGUUUGGGUCUCCAGUGUGUUUUUCUUCCUCCCGGUCCUCUGUUUGACAGUGUUAUACAGCCUCAUAGGCAGAAGGCUCUGGAGAAGAAAGGAGAAUCCAGUCGGACCAAUUUCUAGUCGAGAUAAGAACAAUAAACAAACGGUCAAAAUGCUAGCUGUGGUGGUUCUUGCGUUUGUUCUCUGCUGGCUGCCAUUUCACGUUGGUCGUUAUCUCUUCUCAAAGUCAUCUGAGGCCAACUCUCCUUUCAUCUCCCAAAUCAGUGAAUACUGCAACCUGGUCUCAUUUGUGCUGUUUUACCUCAGCGCUGCUAUCAAUCCAAUCCUCUACAACAUCAUGUCGAAGAAGUACAGGAGCGCGGCGUGCAAACUGUUCGGAGUGAGGCGCGCUCCCGGACGAUCAGUGCAGAGCAUCGUGAACGCGGAGAGUUUUUCGGUUUGGAAUGAAUACAGCUGGAGCACGUGACAUAGGAAAAGACGUUUUGAAACGUGCACUUUGCAACGCAGACUAAAAAGACGGAAAAAAAACUGAACGAGAAUGAAAAGGACAGUCAACAUUAACCUCAUAAUUUUGGCGAUAUUGAGAUUAUGCAUUUAAUUUCAACCAUUCACUGAGUCAUCUGAUAUCAUACAAGCCACUGCAUAUUAUUUUCAAUUUAGCCUGUAUAUAGCAGUAAAAAAAAAUCAUCAAACUUCUGAGCCCUAAAUACAUCAAGUAUAUUAAAGUAUUCUAAUGCUGACUGAAACGUUUUUUUUUAUUAUUAUUUAAAAUAAUGAUUAAAUAUAUAAUUUUUGCAUUUUUACCUUUAGGUGCAACAUAUCUAGUGCAUAGGCUACACCAAAUAUUAGUGCAUUUUAUGAUAAUGUUUAUGCACAUAUUACCAUCAUCAGCAAACACCAGCAGUGUGACAAUUCCCUUUACACUGGUAUUCAUGCAAACUGUACAUACUCUACCCAAUGCCUUAAACUGUGUGAAGUACUGGAUGACAGAGCACUGUAGAUGUAAGCACUCUAACAUUGUACCCUAUGUGGGAGAGAUACAAUGGUGCUGAAUGAUAACAUCCCAUGCCAUUGAAAGCACAUCAUCAAGCUUGUGUUAUUGGAUCAUGAUUCAUAAAUGCGUAGCAGCCAUAAAAAGUGCACUUAUUGCAGGUUUGUGAACAAUGCUGUGUUUGUAAGCUUUGUGUUUGAAUUCAGCAUAUGUUACUUGUUGGCAAUGGCAUUCUAAUUAAGAUUUUUCUGAAGAUGCUUGUAAAACACUGAGAAUCACUGAGCGGAGACAUGUUUUUGUUAAUGAAAAUAUUUAUGAAAGAUAUUUGAUAUAUUGUGUCUAUAUGCUUUUUAUUCACACUGUGAUACAUUUUCUGGAACGUGUUAUUGUGUAAUAUACAUAAAGGUUUUGAUGUCAUGCAGUAUUACUUGAUUUUAAAAUUAA